AUGACCGUGGAUGUGUGUCGGAUAUUAUCGCAAUUUGUGGCUCGUUUCUUACGUUACGAGAAGAGACUAUUAUUUUUUGUCCACCAGUCUGGAAAAGAAUUUUUACUCCGAGAAGCACUAAAGGAGCUGAACACCUUACGAUUUCAGAACGCUCUCUUGGAUCCAUGUUCAAGAUACUUCGACCUGAUAUACUUAAGUAGCUAUCUCGAAUCUGGCAUGCGUAAUAAAAGCCGUGGCUUGUUAGCUAAUGAGAGAGAUUGCGAGAAGCCUAAGCAAGAUACACUCUUGCAUCGAACUCAAGACGCCCGCCAGAGCGUGUCAACUCUCAGGGGGCAUAGUGGUCAGGUUACCUUAAUUUCCUGGUCGCCGGAUAGAAGCCGACUUACAUCGCCGUCUGAUGAUAGGACAAUUAGGAUCUGGGAUCUAGCCACCGGUCAGAGCGUAUCGACUCUCGCGGGAUAG